AUGACCACACGAAUCUUCCCCCCAACAUUCUACGACCGCCUUUUCACCUUCCACAGGUAAGUCCCCUCCGUCCCCACAAAACCCCCAACUCACAACCCAACCCACAGCGUCAAAAUCUUCUACCGCCACAUCGACAACAACCCCCUUAACGCCUUCUGGCCCUUAGACUGCGAACCCGCCUUCCUCUGCGCCGCCUCCUUCCGCCUCGGCCGUUUCCUCCUCGCAAACAGCUCCUCACCCCACCAAAUCCACAUCAUCAUCCCCCCCAGCGAAUGGCUCAAGCUCGCCCUGAACCGGCUCUGCGAAUGGACGCGCACCGAAAAAAUUACCACCGCGUACACCGACCCCGACGGGACGGUCAAGAACAUCACCUACGCAGCGCUCUGGGAGAUCGGACGGAAAUUCGAGGCGCCGAGGUAUCAGAAUGCGGUUGUGAAGGCGUUUUUGUGGGAUUGGGAGGUGGAUCCUGAAAAAGCGCUUGAGCUUAGUGGGUUUGAGUGGUUGUGUGAAAGACAUCGGGGGUUGGUGGAGGAGGGGGGGAUGACUAUGGGGGAUCAUCGGUUUUUGUGGUUUUUGGCGAGGAUGGUUAUGUGGAAGGCCCCGAGUAGGUAUUGGACGGAGGUGGUUCAGAGACAGGCGUUUACGGGGUUGAAGUUGGCGGGGUGGAUGCAGGAGAAGUUUAGGGAGGAGGGGAAUGUUUGGAUGGUUGAUCCGAGGGUGGGAAUGGAUUGUGUGGAGUGGGUGGUGAAGGAGGAUGUUGAUGUGGAGGAUGGGGUGGGGGAGUUGGAUGCGUUGAAGGGGUUGAGGAUUAAUGAUGAUUGA